AUGGCUUCCUUGACUAUGGCAUUUGGCAUGUGCGAGGAAGAGGUUGCGGCAGACUUGUCCUGCUGGAGCUUGUAUGUUUCAGAGAGAAUUUACACCACGGACUGGGAGAUUCUGCGCGGAAUUUCGCUGCGGGAUUCCUUCCGUUUUGGAGGCAGCCUUUGGCGGAAUCGUCAGCGAGUGGGAGCUGGACCACAGGCAGACCUGUUUCACCAGUCGAGACAUGUGGAGCAAUUGGAUGUGUUCGUCUCGCACACCUGGGCUUCUGGAGGAUGGUCCAAAUGGUUGUCGCUCUUGAUGCAAAGUGGCUGCAACUGCGCUUUGUCCGGGUGGCUGCUGGGAAAUGUCGCUGCAGCUGCAAUGUCUUACGCGGACUUGCUGCCCCUGCCCUUGAGACUUUCUCCCAACACCGAGGCCUUCUCAGAAGUUUGCGCCUUGGGACCUUGGUCGAUGAUACUUGGAUUCCUCGGGACAGCCUUGGGAUUUUUGCUGUCCCCGUACUUGCCGCGAUGCAAAAGCGACAUGUGCUUCAUCGAUGCUGCCUGCGUUAGCCAAUCAAACGAGGCGCUGAUGACUCGAGGUAUUCGGGGUAUUGGAGGCUUCUUGCGGGUGUCGAAGGAGUUGCGCAUCGUAUGGACCGACCUGUAUUUGUCACGUCUGUGGUGCGUCUUCGAACUUGCCACUUUCAAGAAGAUCAACCCUGACGGGACGGUUGUGAUGGCCCCAAUUUUCCUCGAGACCACAGUGGUGCUUUUCUACAUCUCAAACUUGUGUGCAGCAAGUGUGCAGAUGGUUCUCCGUGCAGGUGGGUCUACAAGAGUUUUGUUCGCUUUGCCCAUCAUCUCUUUACCCUUUCUGGUUCUUGUCCAUCGCCUUCGGAGAAGCUUCGUGCAAAAACAUAAGUUGUUUUCUCAGUUUCAGCAGUUUGAGUUGGAUUCCGCGCGGUGCGUGAGUGACUCUGACUGCGAAUUUAUAUAUGCCACCAUUGACCAGUUGUACGGAAGCAAAGAAGCCUUCGUGAGUUAUGUGAGGGGGUCCCUGCGAGAAGAGUUACUUGGACCGAUGACCCGCAGUGUAUUGCCCGAGACGUAUGCGCUGUUGAUCAUGUCCCCCGUGAUUAAUCUGCACGUGGACUUCGUUGUUGCCCUUUGGAAACAGGGAGCGCCUUUUACCGUUGUACUUCUCUAUGUCGUCGCACUGCUGGUGAUCGGAGUUUUCCUUGUUGUUCGAAUUGCAAUCAAUGUCAUGAUCCUUCUUUGUGAUCGCUUUUCAAAGCCUGCGCAUGGGCAUUCCGUCGUGGUUGACUACUUGCAGACGUUCCUCAUCUUCAUUGCAUUUCUGCUCUAUCUUUUUCUGGGUUCAGGGCUACUGCUGCAGGCGUUUGGCACGAACCGCUGGGAGCUUGUGCCAGGCCUUUUCAUCGGAUUUGCCUUGAUGUACAUUGCGGUGAACUGGCUACAACGCAAAUCGGACGCACGGCGGCUGAAAAAGACAUCCGAGACAUCUACAUCUGAUUAG